AUGGCACCGAUCCCGGCGCCGCGACUGCCACUGGCGUCGACGCCGCCACGGGUCACUCCGGGAGCGCCCCGGUCUGCCACGCCCAAUAAUACGUCUGGCUUGACCGACGCCAACCUCGCAACCGCGAUCGAGGCGUACGCGCAGGCGAUGGAACGCUGGCUGCAGACCCACGACGAGGGAUGCGGCCACGCCGUCGUCUACUCGUGGAAGAUCCAACUGCCGUUUGUGCUGCCGCGCGCAGUGGUCAAGAGCCACGUCAUGCCAGCACUUGUACAAGAUCCGCGCUUUCGCCACCGCCCGAGCUUCCUCUCCAACGUGUGCUUUGGUCGGCGCAGCUCGUCGGGCGAUGCGACCGCCAGUGUCCACAACAUUGUGGACCAAGUGACGCCCUAUUACCUCACGGCGAUGCUCUCAACGACGAAGAAGGGCAAGGCGUUCACCGAAGCCGACAUUCUCGGGCAGCUCCGUGUACCGUCGCACGUGAGCACGAAGGCGGUCCUCGCCGGCAUCCUCGAUACGCUCAAGCUCCAUCCGGACGUCACGAGCUCGGUUGUCGGUGGCCGCGUCUCGUUUCAGGCGUUGCGCCAGCCAAAAAACCCAGCUCCGUCGCCCGUCCCUCCUUCCACGACCAAGCAGACAACACUUAGCCAGACUCCGAACCCGACCACGAAGAGGACGGACAUGGCCUUGGAGCCUUACGUCGCCGCGCACGCGUCCGAGUAUGUCGACGCGAUCCUCGAGUGGGUCGCCUCGGACAAUGCGUUUUACACGUCGUACAUUCGCGGGCAAGUGCGCCCGACGCUUCCCGACGACGUGGAUUUGGACGCUGUCGUUGCUGCGAUCGUGCAGUCGCUCCGCCGCCACCCGCAACUGACCUACUCGGACGCUGACCCGACGCGCCCGUGCUUUGUUCGCGCCGGGGGUACACCGCCUGCGAUGCCAUCGCCCAAGGCCAACGACACGUGGAAGAGCCCGUCGUCGGCCACGUCGUUCCAGUCGAGCAGCGAUGAGAGCAGCGACGACGAGGACGAGGACGAUGAGAGCAACGACAUGGAGAAGAGUACCACCCCUCUCGAGAGCCUAGAGACACUCGACCCACAAGGCCCCGCAACGACUCACUUAAUCUCCACCGUCCAUGACCUGCAGGACGCCAUCACGACCCAUGCGAUCUUGCACAACCCGGCGCAGGCGCGAGUCAUGACCCUCUAUGGCUAUGGCACAUUGCCUCAUGCUCUCCUUGCACUCGCGUUUACGGGCCAUACGCUGGUCCUCGACUGUGCACAGAUUCCAGCGUCGGCCUUGUCGCACGCGCUAAGUCCAGUGCUCCAGUCGCCCAGUGUUACCAAGAUCGUUUACAACACCCACCCCUUUUCCUCUCUCUUCUCGGCCAUUGGCGACAAUCGGCUCGUCUCUGUCAUCGACCUCGAGCUCCUCUUUGAGCACCAGACGUCGCGCUUCAACGUCUCGUUUGCCGAGAUGCUCUCGGUCGUUGGGCUACCCGCGCACCCGCACCCGCGGUACCUCGACCGACCCGACUUUUUGAACCACCGCCCGCUGCUUCCAGAAGCCACGCAAGCCGCGGCGGCGACGGUCCAACUGCUGCUUCAAGCCUCGGAUGUCCUCGCCAAGGCCAUCUUUGACAACAUAUCGCCGCUCAUGUCAGCCUCCAACCAGCGCCUGCAUCACGCGAUUGCUUCCGAUGGCCAGCGAUCGCUCUGCUUUGAUGCGCAACACAAUCAGCGCCUUGUCUCGACCGAGUACCUCCAGGCGUGGCGGCCCCACGACGUUAUCUCUAGUCCGCCGGUGGUCAUCCACGAAGACAUGGACGACAUUUUGGGGUUGCUGCCACCUGACCUCGCGGCACCUCUGCUCCAACCCGACGUCAGCGCCAAGCUGCUCGACAUCGUCUUGGACCUCGGACGCCGACCGUGGGCGUGGUACAACGUCUGCAUCGUCGACACGAGCAACGAAAUAGCAGGCGACGGCGACAUUCCGCAUCCGUGCGUGGGCUUGGCGCGGCGCAUGAUGGUGCCAUCGCUCAACGACCAAGCCGCGGUCAUGGUCGAGUGCGUCCAGAACCACACGCCCGAAGUCAUGGUCAUUGACGAGAUUGGCCGGCCGAACGAAGUCGAGGCCGCGCGCACGUGCAAGCAGCGCGGUGUGCGCAUCGUGGCAUCGGCGCACGGCGACCUGCGCAAGCUGCUCAAGAACAAGCCGCUGCGAGGGCUCGUGGGCGGCGUCGAGUCAGUGACGGUCGGCGACGCAUUGGCCAAGGAAAAGCAAAAGAAGAACGACAAUGGGCCGCUGCGGAAGCUGUUGGCGCAGCGCGGUGGCGAGCCGAUCUUUGAGGUGAUUGUGGAGCUGCGUCGCGGGCAGUACAACGCGUGGCGCAUCGUGACGGACGCCGCGUCGGCGGUCGAUGCCAUCUUGGCCGACGAGACGUACGAAGCGCAAGUGCGGACGCGGGCGACCGACGGCUUUUACUACUGCGAGCAGAAACUCUAA